CCGGCGCUGCUGCUGCUGGGUCCCGCUGGCUCGGGGCGCUCGGCGCUCUCGUUCCGCGCGGCGCUGCUGGGCGCUUCCUCCUCCUCGCGGGCUCGCGCGCUCUUCUUGGCGCCGCGGCCUCUGGAGCGCCUGCCGGCCGGGGGCGCUGAUGCAGCCGGAGCCGGAGCCAUCCAGAGAAUCCACUUCCUGUACCCGCCAUCAUUCCGGGAGCUGCUUCAGCUGGUGGCCUCACUGCAUGAAACCUUUUCCUGCUCCCUCUCCCUAGUCGUUCUGGAUGGCUUGGAGGAAUACUUGGGCAGUUGCUCCAGCCCAGCGAUGGCAGCUCAGCUUGUGGCCUUGCUGCUGGACACAGCGAACCAUUUCAGCCAGAAGCUCCCCGUGGAGUCUGCUGCAGGCUGCAAGCUUGUCGUUUCCAUGAGGCUUUCUGGAGAAGCUGGGGAACAAGCGGAGUAUUUCUCGGCAAUUGAGCGCUACUUCCCAGCCCAGUGCUGGCUGCAUCCGAGCACAGAGGAUAUUGCUGAUUCAGGUAGCCAGGGCAUCACCAAGCUGAUUAGAGCACGUCUCUCCCAGCCGGGCACUAAGGACCAAGAAUGGCUGGUGAGAUUUGAUCCACAAGGAGACAUGAGGAUUUCUCGGCUUCUGUACGAAGGGGAAGUUGAUGGGUGCACAGCUUCAGGGAGCAAUCGGCCCCCUGAGGCUUAAGCCCAUCCUGUUCUCAGCUCCCAAUUUUAGGCCUCUGGUGGUCCUUAGUUGAGUCAUUUUUGUGUUCAGGUAAUCAACUACCUCUGACCCAAAGACAUACAUUCACAUCCUAGGUGAUAACAUCUUUCUUACUCCGGUUUGUUGUUUGUUUCUUCCCAACUUUGGGCUGAGAGGUUGCUUUUUUUUUUUUUUUU